AUGGAGACUUCAAUACAGUUUGCAGAUGCAGACGCGCAUCCAAUACAGCUGCAUCCCUCUUCGAUUGGUGGUGUGUACCCUUUACGAUCGCGGUCGCGCACGCGGCCGCCCAAGAGGUCGUCGGUCGAGGCGAAGAUCAGCGAGCUGGAAGAGGCGGAAGACGAGGAUGCGGGUCUGAGGGACGAGCGCGAUUUCAAGCGCAGCCAGGCGAACAUUGCCAAUCGAGACCCUCGCGAAGCCACCCUUGUACGCAUGCAGCGGCAUAAAACUGAGGACUUGGGUCGCUCCACGAGGGGCAUUCGAUCUGCGAUAGAAAAGUCAAAGUUCUUUCGUGGCUUGCUGCAGGUCAUUGGUGUGCUAUCUGUUUCCAUGGUUAUGGCCGAUGGUGUCUUGACGCCAGCCCAGUCAGUGCUUGGUGCUGUUCAGGGUCUGAACGUUGUCAAGCCCGACAUUGAAAAGUCGACUAUCAUCGGAGUGACAUGCGCGAUUCUGAUCCUGCUAUUUGUAGUACAGCCGUUUGGUAUCACAAAGUUGACGGUUGUUUUUUCACCAAUUGUUAUCGUGUGGCUAGCUUUGAACGCUGGAUUUGGUAUCUACAACCUUUCAAAUUACGAUUAUAAGAUUCUUAAGGCGUUCAAUCCCUAUUAUGCUUUCGACUAUCUGAUCCGCAACAAAUACCAUGGUUGGAGGAGUCUGGGGGGUAUCCUUCUCGCCUUUACAGGUGUUGAGGCCCUCUUUGCCGAUAUUGGUGCUUUCAGUCGCCGCGCUGUGCAGAUUAGCUGGCUUGGAUACGCAUAUCCGUGUCUACUACUCGCCUAUAGUGGUCAGGCUGCAUACAUCAGUGUUCAUCCAGCGGCCUACGCCAAUCCCUUCUACAACUGCGUUCCUCAUGGCUGGCUCAUCUUCUCGCUCGUCGUCGCCAUUGCCGCCGCUAUUGUGGCGUCACAAGCCAUGAUUACAGCAACCUUCCAGCUUCUGUCUCAAAUCAUGAAGCUCUCGUAUUUCCCGCAGAUCAAGGUCAUUCACACUUCUACUACAUACCACGGCCAGCUUUACAUCCCCAGCAUCAACUGGCUGCUCAUGAUCGGCACCGUACUCGUGGCUUCUAUCUACAACAACACAACGUCACUGGGUAACGCAUAUGGCGUCUGCGUCAUGUUUGUCACCUUCUUUGACACAUGCAUGGUCACCUUGGUAGCAAUAUUAGUCUGGCAAAUCAAGCCCUACUUUGUACUGCUCCCCUGGCUCAUCAUCGCCUGUCUCGACGGUGCAUACCUCUCUUCUGCUUUGAUCAAAGUACCCGACGGCGCCUGGUUCACUAUUCUCCUCGCCUGUCUCCUCGGCUCCAUCUUCAUCCUCUGGCGCUUCGGCAAAGAGCAACAAUGGAGCGCCGAGGCUAGUGACCGCUUCCCAACCACCCAUUUUGUCAAGACCCUACCCGACGGCCGCCUCACCCUCACCGAAAAAUACGACUCUAAGCCCAUCGGCACAAUGGAAGGUUUCGGCAUCUUCUUCGACAAAGCCGGCGAAACAACACCAAUCGUCUUCUCCCAGUUCAUCCGCAAACUCGUCACUGUUCCCGAGGUAAUCGUCUUCUUCCACUUGCGGCCCCUCGAGGUCCCCUUUGUGGAACCAGAAAACCGAUACUCGGUCUCCCGUCUCGCAGUCCCCCAUUGUUACCGCCUUGUCGUCCGCCACGGCUACAUGGACGAAGUCAUAACGCCAGAUUUGGCGUCGCUGAUCUACGAUAAAAUUCAUAACCACAUCAUUUCUCGCGCGCUUGAUUGCGGAGGCGAAGCUGAGAAGGAAUCAUCUGCUCCUGACGCCGCCACUACUUCCAUCGACACUAAAAUCCCUAUCCUAAUGACUACAGCAACUCCUGGCACAUGUACUCCCCACUCCCGCACCUCGACCUCAACAACAUCCUCGCGCCUGGAAAAGCUCGAGCGAGCUUUCAACCGCGAGGUCCUGUAUAUCAUUGGCAAAGAGCAGAUGAAAGUAAAGCCAGGAUCCAGCUUGAUCAGAAUGAUGUUCUUGGAGGCAUUUUUCUUCUUGAGGGAGAACAGUAGGGCCAAGAUUGCUAGUUUGAGUGUUAGCAUGGACAAGGUUAUUGAAGUAGGGUUUGUCAAGGAUGUGUAAGGGCUGAGUAUGUUUGGCUCAAGGGCUCCUUAAACCAAUUUUCUUAUUCUGUUUCGUUGUGCUGAUCGGGGGGUUGAAGUACAAAAGUGGUGUGUAAGUUCUAUUGAGAGCGCAUAAUAGGGCUCAUUUUACGACACUUAUUUAUCUACACCUAUACUUUAGGCUAUUUCAAAGGACGUACAUAAAUAUUCAUGGGGCUCUGACACUUAGUCUGUACUUUGUUUAUGAUAUUGUAUCCGCCUACGUAGUUUCUCCCACCUAGUAUCAAAACAUCACAACAU